AUGCUGACCACCCCCGAUGGUCGUGAGGCCCCAACACGCUCUCCAAGUGUAUGGAUCCCCGACAGUGCGUUAUGGACAGGGAAGGACGCUCCUAAGCAUGCCCCUAGGGGUGUCGGUCACACUCGAAUUGACGAGAAAGUCGGUGUGCCCAUAGCCGUUCGACUCCUAAGGUCCAGUGUCCGCCUCCAUGCACGCGGCAGUGAGCAGGACAUGGUUGGCAUCCUCGAGGUUGUCACUCGUCUCUUCGACCACUGGCCCGAGCUUGACGUGAUUGGCUCAGUAGAACUAGCCUCUCGUCAGCUUGUACCAGAACUCGUCAAGGCGGGAGGCAUCUCCACAGCCAUCCAGAGGAAGGUUCAAAAGAUAUUCUCCACGUUACUCGACCGGGCCGCCUUGGAUCAACCGCUAAAUCACAAGGCGGACAAGCUGUGGUCCAUUGCUCUUUCGAAAGUUUGCGAUGCGGCUCGUCACAGUAGACCUGAGGAUCGUCACUGUGCUGUGCAACUCGUUCUCGAUACCCUCCGUGCCGUCAAUAGACUUCCCAAGCCGUUCAUUGAUAACGUUCUGAAGGCGUGGCUCACCGACGAUGCCCUGCCAGCCCUGCUUGCGGCGUGUGAUGGAGUCGACACCAAAA